UGCACAGCUGACUGCACUGAAGUGAAUCAGUGAAGUCAGUGAAGUCCGAAAGUCGCUGCCAGUGCCUGUAAACAAUCGAAACUUCAGGACUCUCAUAACCCUCUCGAAGCCAUCAAAAAAUCCAGAAAAAUUUUAUCUUUAAUUGGGUUUUCAUCAAUGGCCAUAACCAGUUAAUCUUGAAAAGGGACAGUUUUGAUCAAAGAUUUAGCAAAUGGAGCCCCAUUUGAGAUCUGGAUUUUGGUUAUUUUUCGUUGUUCUUCUCUUUGUUGGCCUUUCUGGGAAUUUGAUUUCUGCUCAAACUCGCAGUCCAAAAAAUGUACAGGUGGCUCUCAGGGCUAAGUGGUCUGGUACUCCACUUCUUCUAGAAGCUGGGGAGUUACUGUCUAGUCAAUGGAAAGAUUUUUAUUGGGAUUUUACUGAAUUUUGGCUUCUCAAAGGAAGUGAAGACUCUGGUUCUCAUACUGCAAAAGAUUGCUUGAGAACAAUUGUAAACUAUGGGAAGUCUUUGUUAAGCAAACCUUUGGCAUCAGUUUUUGAAUUUUCUCUCACCCUUCGAUCAGCAUCGCCGAGGUUAGUGCUGUAUCGGCAGUUAGCAGAGGAUUCUCUUUCAUCGUUUCCUCUGGUUGAUGAUAGCUCAGCUUCUAGCAAUGAGGGAGGUUUUGAAACAAAUGAUAAUGCCAAAAGCAAAAAAGUUGAACCGUUGCUCUUGGGAGUGAACUCAAGAGCUCCUAAUGGAAAAUGUUGUUGGGUUGACACUGGGGCAGCACUACUUUUUGACGCAAAUGAGUUGCUACUUUGGCUUGAAAAUCCUGAUAAAGCAACCACUGAUACAUUUCAGCAGCCCGAGCUUUUUGAAUUUGAUCAUGUCCAUCCAGAUUCAAGUAUUGGAAGUCCUAUUGCCAUUCUGUAUGGAGCUCUUGGGACGGACUGCUUUAAGGAAUUUCACAAUGUCUUAGUUGGCACAGCCAGACAGGGUAAGAUCACCUAUGUUGUUAGACCCAUAUUACCUUCUGGCUGUGAAUCCAAAGUUGGUCAUUGUGGAGCCAUUGGUACCAGAGAUGCUGUGAACUUGGGUGGCUAUGGUGUGGAACUUGCUUUGAAGAACAUGGAGUACAAAGCUAUGGAUGAUAGUGCUGUUAAGAAAGGUGUCACUCUUGAAGACCCUCAUACAGAAGAUCUCAGCCAAGAUGUCAGAGGAUUUAUCUUCUCGAGGAUUUUGGAACGCAAGCCAGAAUUAACAUCUGAGGUUAUGGCUUUCAGAGAUUAUCUGUUGUCAUCCACAAUAUCUGACACAUUGGAUGUUUGGGAAUUGAAAGAUCUUGGUCAUCAAACUGCACAAAGGAUAGUUCAUGCAUCUGAUCCUUUGCAGUCAAUGCAAGAAAUCAAUCAGAACUUUCCUAGCAUUGUCUCUUCUUUGUCUCGUAUGAAGCUCAAUGAUUCCAUCAAAGAUGAAAUUAUUGCAAAUCAGAGAAUGAUCCCGCCUGGCAAGUCUUUGUUGGCUCUGAAUGGUGCCUUAAUCAAUAUUGAAGAUGUUGACCUUUAUCUGUUGGUUGACAUGGUCCAGCAGGAGUUAUCAUUGGCUGAUCAAUUUUCAAAAAUGAAUAUUCCUUCAACCAAUGUGAGGAAACUUCUUUCAAUUCUACCGCCUUCGGAAUCCAACAUGAUUCGAGUAGAUUUUCGUUCUACACAUGUUCACUAUCUCAAUGAUUUGGAGCAUGACAUCAUAUAUAAGCGUUGGAGCAGCAGUAUAAAUGAGAUUCUUAUGCCAGUUUUCCCUGGACAAUUACGAUAUAUUCGUAAAAACAUAUAUCAUGCAGUUUAUGUUUUGGAUCCAGCUUCCAUUUGUGGGCUUGAGACCAUCGAGAUGGUUAUUUCUUUAUUUGAGAAUAACCUGCCUAUGAGAUUUGGUGUGAUAUUGUACUCUGCGAACAUAAUCCAGAAGAUUGAAGCUAAUGGUGAUGAGCUCCAACGUAGUCUGGAGGAUGACCUUAAAUCUGAAGAAGACGUUUCCAGUUUGGUCAUUCGUCUUUUCCUCCAUAUAAAGGAAAACCAUGGGAAUCUAAUGGCUUUCCAGUUUUUGAGCAAUGUAAAUAAGCUGCGCGUUGAAUCUGCCCCUGAAGAGGCUCCUGAAAUUCAUCAUGUGGAAGGAGCUUUUGUGGAAACCCUAUUACCUUCCGCAAAAACUCCACCUCAAGAUAUUUUGUUGAAACUCGAAAAGGAGAAAACAUAUCAUGAGCUAUCUCAAGAAAGCUCCAUGUUUGUUUUUAAGCUUGGUUUGGCCAAGCUGCAAUGCUGCCUCUUGAUGAAUGGGCUUGUCUAUGACUCUAAUGAGGAGGCGCCUUUUAAUGCCAUGAAUGAUGAGCUUCCUAGGAUACAGGAACAAGUUUAUUAUGGCCUCAUAAAUUCAAAUACAGAUAUUCUGGACAAGUUUCUUGCAGAAAGUGGCAUCCAGCGCUAUAAUCCUCAGAUUAUAGCUGGUGGAAAAGUUAAACCAAAGUUUGUCUCCUUAUCUGCGUCGAUUCUCAGAAAUGGGUCUUGGAUAAAUGAGAUUAGCUACCUGCAUUCUUCUGAUACUGUGGAUGAUAUAAAGCCCGUGUCUCAUCUUCUCGCUGUCAAUUUUACUUCAAAAAAAGGGAUUAAAAUGCUUCGCGAAGGACUAAGUUAUCUGAUGGGAGGUUCAAAAAUUGCACGUUUAGGUGUGUUGUUUAAUUCUAAUGAGGAAGCUAAUUCACUGAGUUACAUAUUCGUGAAAGUCUUUGAAAUAGCUGCAUCUUCUCAUAGUCAUAAGAAAGGCGUUUUAGAAUUUUUGGAUCAAGUAUGCUCGUUGUAUGAACGGGAGUACAUGACAUCAACUUCUCCAGAUAAUGAAAAAAGCCAAGAGUUUAUUGAUAAAGUUGUUGACUUAGCUGUUGCAAGUGGAUUGCCAUCCAAGGGCUAUGAAUCCCCUCUUUCCACUUUUUCAGUUGGUAAACUGAAAAAUCACUUGAUUAAGGUAGCACAGUUUUUGUACAGGCAACUUGGUUUUCAUUCUGGUGUCAACGCAGUUAUCACAAAUGGGAGGGUGGUUCCUGUUGGUGGUGGUGUUUUCUUGAGCCAUGAUUUGUCUCUUUUAGAGUCAAUAGAGUUUAAACAACGCAUAAAGCAGAUUGCUGACAUCAUUGAAGAAUUAAAAUGGGAGGACAUGGAUCCUGACUUGUUGACAAGCAAAUUCAUCAGUGACAUCAUCUUGUCCAUCUCGUCUUCAAUGGCUAUGAGAGAACGGAGUUCUGAAAGUGCUCGCUUUGAAAUUUUGAGCUCCACCUGCAGUGCUGUUGUACUUGACAAUGAAGAUUCAAGCAUUCACAUUGAUGCUGUUAUUGAUCCUUUGAGUUCUUCUGGUCAAAAAUUAUCGUCUCUUCUUCGCUUUUUGUCGAAGUACAUUCAGCCAAGCAUGAGGCUGGUACUUAAUCCAGUGGUAUGUUAUUUCAGAACCAUAAUGAAUGUGCUUUUUGUUGAUAAUACUUCUGUUUAUUUGCUUUUUUUUUUUGUAUAAUUGGUUCUUUUGAUGCCUAAAAGAACAUGGAUGAUUGGUAUUAAUUUCCAUAUUGGUUUAUUUUCCCCAAAAUAGGUCGCUUAAGAGAAGGAUCAUGAACCUCCCCGAGGCCUUCAGCUGAUCCUCGGUACCAAGAGUACACCACACUUGGUUGAUACUCUAGUCAUGGCCAAUUUGGGGUAUUGGCAAAUGAAAGUCUUUCCUGGGGUUUGGUACCUGCAGCUUGCACUGGGUAGAAGCUCCGAGCUGUAUGUCAUGAAAGAGGAUGGUGAUGGAAGUCCGUACACAACUUUGUCAAAGCAGAUCACAAUAAAUGAUUUGCGAGGCAAACUAGUUCACUUGGAAGUGUUGAAGAAAAAGGGCAAGGAAAAUGAGAAAUUAUUACUUGCUUCUGAUAGUGACGAAAGUCAUUCAAGACAAAACAGAAAUGGAGAUCAGAAGAGUUGGAACUCUAAUUUACUUAAAUGGGCUUCAGGAUUUAUUGGUGGCAGUGACCGUUCUAAGAAGAUUGAAAGCACUUCAGCGGAGCAUGGGAAUACUGGUCGACGUGGGAAAACGAUAAAUAUAUUUUCUGUUGCUUCUGGGCACCUUUAUGAACGCUUCUUGAAAAUAAUGAUGCUGAGUGUCCUGAAGAACACGCGCAGACCUGUGAAGUUCUGGUUUAUAAAGAACUACCUUUCUCCUCAAUUCAAGGAUGUAAUUCCACAUAUGGCACAAGAAUAUGGUUUUCAGUACGAGUUAGUUACCUACAAAUGGCCUACAUGGUUACACAAACAGAAAGAGAAGCAGCGAAUUAUAUGGGCAUACAAAAUCUUGUUUCUUGAUGUCAUUUUCCCUCUUGCUCUGGAGAAGGUUAUAUUUGUUGAUGCAGAUCAGAUUGUCAGGGCUGAUAUGGGAGAACUUUAUGACAUGAAUUUAAAAGGACGACCCCUCGCAUACACCCCUUUCUGUGAUAACAACAAAGAGAUGGAUGGUUAUCGUUUCUGGAAACAGGGUUUUUGGAAGGAACAUCUGCGAGGAAGACCAUAUCAUAUUAGUGCUUUGUACGUUGUUGAUCUCGUCAAGUUUCGAGAAACUGCAGCUGGGGAUCAGUUAAGAGUGUUCUAUGAAACUCUCAGCAAAGAUCCAAACAGUCUUUCUAAUUUGGACCAGGACCUUCCAAACUAUGCCCAGCAUUUAGUACCCAUCUUUUCGCUCCCACAAGAAUGGCUGUGGUGUGAGUCAUGGUGUGGCAACGCAACUAAAUCAAAGGCAAAAACAAUAGAUCUCUGCAACAAUCCUAUGACCAAGGAACCUAAGCUUCAGGGUGCAAAAAGAAUUGUUGCAGAGUGGCCAGAUCUUGACUUAGAAGCAAGACAAUUUACAGCAAAAAUUUCGGGGGAACCUACUGAUCUCAAAGAGCAAGUAGCACUACCUCUUGAAUCACAAAGUUCAACCAUUCAUGAUUCAUCAGAAGAUUGGGAAUCAAAGUCAGAGUUGUAAGUAACAGUAUCAGAAUGCACUCCCGGAGUUUGAAGAUCAAACGUAACAGAUGCUGUAUUUUGCCCUUUCAUGAGUCUUUUGACAGCAGAUUGGCAGAUUUUGUAGUCGUAGUUUGCCUGCUUGGGGAACAGCAUGCUAAUGGAGAGCUACAUUAUGAGCUUGCAUCUGUUAUAUGUGCUUAUGGGUUUCUUUCUUAAUCAAGCCCUGGAACUGCAUUCAUUUAUCUACGGGAUUGAGUUGAUUUUGUUGGAAGCCCAUUUACAGAUACUGGAGAUGCUACGUUUACUACCUUUUCUUUUUUUUUUUUGGGUUAAGCAUCAUCUUCUAAUGGGUCACUUGGGAGUUCAAAAAUCCAUAGGAGUCUCUUUAACUAGUGUUAAAACAAUACGAUGCUAGAUACUGUAGAUCCAUAUCAUUUUGUUCCCUAUUGGAUAUUUCUGGUAAAUUAUCCAGAAACAGUGAGAUGUAUGUCUUAAAAAACAAAUCAAGUUGAGGAUUAUGAUUCAUACGGAAAGAAGGCUUCUCUGCCUUUUUUCCCUGCUGUCUGGUUA